CACGACAGGAGCCAAAAUGGAGGCGGUGUUCAUUCGCGCGGCGGCCGCUCCGUGUGUGGACUUUAAAGGCUUCACUUUGGUGCUGGUGCGUCCCGAGGCCGCGCGCGGGAGCGGAGCUCCGGCAGUGUCUGUGGGGAACGUGGGUCAGUUGGCAGUGGAUCUGAUUGUGUCCACUCUCGCUCUGCCGGCCGUUGGGUAUAUCCACACAGAUUGCCUUGUUCCAGUGGCAGGAAACAACCCGUACGCAACAACUGCAGAGAAUUCAGCAGAUCUGUGCACCAGCUCACAGGUUUACGCUUCAGCCGAUCAGAAGCUCGCAGUGCUGCAGAUUCGGUCCCCCAUUGUUCAGGGCAAAGCCUGCUCCUUUCGACACAAGCUGAUCUCAUGGAUUAAAGAGAGUGGCUUCAGCAAAGUCGUGUUACUGUCCAGCAGCCACGCCUACCAGCGUAUCGACAAGCAGCUCGUGGGUUCCCUGCUGAGGUUCGUGGCCACACCAGCCCUGCAGAGCCUGGUGGGGGAGGAGAUUCAGGCCCUGAACUGGACAGAGCUGGAGAGGGUGUCAGCCUUCCCUGGGAUCAGCGAGGCAGAGAAUGAGGUCUCCAUCCCCGGAGGCGGCAUCACCACAUCACUGUAUAAGGACAGCUGUGCAGAGGGAAUCCCACUGGCUGUGCUGCUGAUAUUCUGCUCCGAAGGCGACAAUAUCCCUGACGCGUUCUGUCUUCUCAACUUCCUCAACGAAUGGCUGCAGUUAACAGGGAAACUAGUGAGUCAGGGGAGCUCAGCCCUGGCUCAGUGGAAAGUUCCGAGCUCCUGGAGAUUGCUGUUUGGCAGUGGUAUCCCCCCAGCCCUCUUCUGACCCAGCCACCCUCAUGAUCUUAUCCAAUCAAAGGUACAGGCACGACAGCUCGAUGCAAAUGAACAAUUCAACCUCACUAAGUGCCUCUGGGCGACCACAUUGGGCUGACGUGGAAUCUCCUCUCACAUCUACAAGAUCAGACACUGGCAAAUUCUGCCUCUUGUUGUCUUUCAAUAAGAAGUUAUUUAUUCCCUGGUUCAUUGGGUUGAUGAAGGAGAGGCUUGGCUGAACUGUGACUUGUAGCCUCAUCUGUCAGGGAGUGCAUUGGAGGCACUUUGAAGGUAACCUUGAAAUGCUGUGUGUGUGUGAAAUGGAAGGUUCUGAAAGUGUUAGUGAGAAUCCUGGAUGAAUGCCACAUGUGCUUAAAAUAAAUUUUCAGCUCUUAAAGGAUGUAUGGGGUUGCGAUGGAGCAAAUGGGACACCUUUCCUACAGAGGAUGGUGAACAGUGACACACACAAAGAGAGAAACACACAGAUACAGAA